AGUCUGCGUGUGCGGUGGUGGAGGGGCUCUGCGCUGAAUUGCUGAAUGGUGGUACCACUGCUGACAGGUGUUGCUGCGAUACCUUCCACAGUGGAGGAGCUCAGACCCCAAGAAGCUGGUGUCUAGCGGCCGCCCAAAGCAACGAUGGGCAGUCUGGUGUUCAGGAGACCUAUCUGCCAUCUCUCCACCUACAGCCUGAUUUGGGGCAUGGCAGCCGUAGUGCUGUGCACAGCUCAAGUGGAAGUGGUGACCCAGGAUGAAAGAAAGCUGCUGCACACACCUGCAUCCUUACGAUGUUCUCUGAAACUGUCCCAGGAACCCUUGAUUGUGACAUGGCAGAAAAAGAAAGCUGUAAGCCCAGAAAACAUGGUCACUUACAGCAAAGCCCAUGGGGUUGUAGUCCAACCUGCAUAUAAAGACAGGGUAAACAUCACUGAGCUGGGACUCUGGAACACAAGCAUCACCUUCUGGAACACAACACUGGAUGAUGAGGGCUGCUACAUGUGUCUCUUCAAUACUUUUCUUUCUGGGAAGAUCUCGGGAACAGCCUGCCUCACCCUCUAUGUACAGCCCAUAGUAUUCCUUCACUACAACUAUUUUGAAGACCACCUAAACAUCACCUGCUCUGCGACUGCCCGCCCAGCCCCUGCCAUCGCCUGGAAGGGCACUGGUACGGGAAUUGAGAAUAGUACCGAGAGUCACGUCCAUUCAAAUGGGACUACAUCUGUCACAAGCAUCCUCCGGGUCAAAGACCCCAAGAAUCAGGUUGGGAAGGAAGUGAUCUGUCAGGUUUUAUACCUGGGGACUGUGAUUGACUACAAGCAGUCUCUGGACAAAGGAUUUUGGUUUUCAGUUCCACUGUUGCUAAGCAUUGUCUCUCUGGUGAUUCUUCUGGUCCUGAUCUCAAUCUUAUUAUACUGGAAACGCCACCGAAAUCAGGAGCGAGGGGAAUCGUCACAGGGGAUGCAAAGGAUGAAAUAAGAGCUCUAGAGAAAUCAUACAGAACCCUGAAAGUUUUUCCCUGGUCUACUUGAAUCUGAUGUGAAAGGAAAGCAGGUGGAAAAGGUCAUUCUCUGUGGGACCAAAAAAAAAGAGCAAAAGACGCAAAAGCAAGCGUGUGAGGGAUUUGACUUUUGGCUGCCAUCCUGAGACCUCAGUGUUUGCGUUCCAAGAGGAAGUUGUGUGCCUCAGGUCUGUUGUAGGACUUGAUUUCGUAGAGCAAUGCCGUGUCAUGCUGUUAGCAGACUUAGAAUCACCAGAGCCAAGCCAGCUCUCAGGCUGACUUGGGCUCCCACCAGAGGGAAGAAAAGAAUCCCUGUAGUCAAUUUACCUCACAGAGCUUCCUCAUCCUCAUACAAAAUAGAAAGGAGUGGGACCAAAUACUUUGCCAUGUAAGUCUGAAACCUGGUGAAAUUCUAGAAAGAAAAAUGAAGACCAAGCAAAGGAAGAAAUGAAAAGAAGAACACAGAAGGGGUCCAAAGAACUUCUGAGACUACCUUUUGCCUUUCUGUUGGUCUCCCACCUCUGCUUUGUUCUUAGGUCCACAGUGUGUUUCCCUGUUGUUUGAGUAUCUAGUCUACUACCUGCUACUUACUAUUCCGCUAACUGUUGGCCUUGCUAGAAUCCUUGAUCCCCCUGCUGUUCUCCGUGUGCUUCUAUGAGGGUUACUAUGAUGAAAAUAGAACAGAAUUUAGUGUGAAGUAACAUUGGCAACUGUAACGUGUCCGUCUAACUUAUUUUUAUAGCACUUAGGCAGUAUUGUUAGUCUUAGCCAGUAGUGCACAUCUUUACAAAAGCAUGCUUUCCCUGUCCACUUAACCCACACUAUCACCCUCUUUUAGGCCAUUCCAAAUCCCGCCUAGUGUAAGGAUAAUAUAUUAUGAAAACAGAUGCGUAACAAUUUCCUGUACAGCAGUCAGUUGUAUAUGCGCUCUUUCCCUUAGCUUCUAUUUCUGUGACUUAACUUUUCACAAAGAGAAGGCAACUCUGGAAAUACAAUCCUUUUGCCCUAAAGACAUUGUGAACCAUUCAUUCCUAACCCUUGACAAGACUAGUGAAGUUGUUUUCUGUACCUUUUGCUUCGUCUGUCUCUAUGCAGUGACCUAGGAAUUCAAGAGUACGUUGUUUUCAUUGUUGAAUUGGAUAUUUAUAUACUUGGUAUGCUUUUCAUGUGUUAUUUAAUUCUGUAUCAUUUCUUAUAUUUGUAUUAAAUUACUGAGCGAUUAAAAGUGUCAACUAAAUAAAUACUUGAUGUGUGGCAUUCCCUUGAGAAAUAUAGAAAUAAAGAAUAACACUUGGAUUUUCUCUCUG